CUUUCCUUUCUAAUUUUUUUUAUAUUUGUGUGUGGGGUUCUAUUCUUCUUUCCCAGUAGCUUCAGCACUUAAAAUACUUAUAUUUACCCACCGUCCCUUCCCCUUUUUAUAUCCCCACACGCACGGCCACUGGAUAACAAUUUUCUUAAACACAAACUUAAAAACACUCAUACACCAUCUCAUUUUCAUUGCCCGUGGACCGAUUAAUUUAAAUUCGUAUCGAGUAGGCCAAUUAAAAGGAAACUCUCCCUUCUCAAACUUAAAGUCAGAGACUUUUGAUUAAGGAUCGAGAGAUUAAUUCCAACUAUCAUCAUCCCACCAAGCCUUUUGAUUUUUGUUUCCGUUUAUUAACUAUUCGAUUUUCAUAGUUUGACCUGAUUAAUUUGGAUUUGCGGUGGUUGCUCUCUACUAAGAAAUUCUCCGUUCUCAGGCUUGAAGUCAGAGAUUUCUAGUUAAGGAUCGAGAGAUAUCAACGUCCAUCUCACAUAGCAAAAACACGUUGAAUUGGUGCUCUGCCUUGUUUUUUUGUGUGUCCAAUUAUGGCUUUCCUUAGGUGCUUUGGGUACAACGUAAGGCGCGCUGGAGUUACUGAUGUUCGUGUAUUCGCAGAAGGUGAUAAAGAAGAUGAAUCAGAUAACACAAUGAUUGCUGGUGCAACGAGAUAUACAAGCCAAGAGUUGAAGAAAUUCACCGCAAAUUUCUCCAAUUCCAAUUUAAUUGCCUGUGGUGGAUUUAGCAGAGUCUAUUUAGCUAACUUCCCUGAUUUAUCUCCCAGGGCUGUCAAAAUCAUGGACAGCAGCAGCGAGCGUCUCAAUAGAAUGUACAAGCAAGAAUUAGAUAUCUUGAUUCAAAUCAAACACGACAACAUAGUUGAACUUCUUGAUCACUGUGAAGAUAAUGAAUUUGGAAACAUGCUCGUGUUUGAGUAUGUCUCAAAUGGUACUCUACAGGACAAACUCCACGAAAACAGAGAUAGGACAAUUCUUUCAUGGAGAAACCGAAUGGGUGUGGCAUUUCAACUUGCUCAAGCUAUUGAGUAUCUACAUGAAAAAUGUCCUUUACAAAUUGUGCAUAGUGAUAUCAAGUCCUCUAAUAUACUGUUAGACGAUCAAUUCAAUUGCAAGCUUUGUGAUUUUGGAUCCGCGAAAAUUGGAUUUUCUUCUUCUAUUUCACCACCAACGAAGAAUCGAGUGAUACUUGGUUCUCCAGGCUAUACUGAUCCUCACUACUUGAGAACCGGCAUUGCCUCCAAGAAAAACGACAUAUAUAGCUUUGGAGUCAUUAUUUUAGAACUCAUUUCAGGGGUUGAGGCCUUCUCGUCAUGUAAUGGGGAGAGGUUAAUAUCGAAAGCUGCUCCGAUUUUGAACGAUGUGUCUAAGGUAGCGGAAAUGAUGGAUCCAUGCCUCGAUAGGAACUACGUAUUGGAGGAAGCUAAGGCCAUGGUUUCACUUGCAGCUUUAUGCCUAAGUGAUUUCCCAGGCCUUAGACCCUCUGCAUCUGAAAUUUUGGAGAGUAUGAGAAGUAGAAUAUCUUCCAUCUCCUUUCUAUUUUCAGAUGGUAAAAAGGUUUGAGCCAGGACGGAGCUACGAAGGGUCGAGGGGUUCAUCUGAAACCCCUUCAGUGAAAACUUAUACCAUUUAUACAUGAUUAUUUAUGCGUGAUACUAGUUUAAGGUUCAUGUAAAUUUGUAUAGGGAUUUGUCACAGUUGAUAGUUUUGUGUCAUAGCUAGGUAAAAAAUUAGUUCAAGAAACUCCUUACAAAUUGAGAGUUGAAAAUUUGAUUUGCUACUCAACUAUGAAAAAUAGAACAUAUUUGUC